AUGCAUCAAAGACCAAAUACUGAAGGCGAAGGCGACAAGGACAAGGACAAGCAAGUGCUCGUUGAUGAAGAGGGAGAAACUCUCCUUGAUGUUAACCCUAUGAAGAAGAAGUGUAAAGAAUGUAAAAUAGAAGUGGUAACAUAUGUUGAGCAUGAACUCUCUGCAUAUUUUUAUCUCUUCCUACUCGUGUCACUGUUUUUGUUUGGGUGGACCUUCAUCUUCCUGCUACCUUUUGCUUAUCUGUUACUUCAAAAUGUAGUGCACAGGUGUUCGCAAUGCCUCAAUGAGAUAGGCACGAGACAUAUGUUCGGACUCCCUGACUUUAGUCAGGAUAUCCUAACAUUGAGGCUGGGAAAGUCCAUGAUUAUUGUCGUGCAAAGAAAGAUAGGGAUUGCCAUCAUCUCUGUUUUUAUGCUAAUCUUCCUUUAUUUCUCAUGGUUCUACAACUUCGGAGCUCUCGAAGUCACCAAUGACUCUAAGGAGUCCAUAGAGAUUGCAGCUGGGUGGGAGGAAUUCCAUGAGGACUGAGGCUCGAAUGUGAUCCUCUCCAACGGUGUCCGCGCCAAUGAGAUUUACCAUAAUAAGUAUCAUAAGAAUAUAGUCAAUUGGUCCGGCUACUUUAUUGAUUACAGGAAGUCUCAAGCGAUCACUUUUGGGGAGAACUCUCAUUCAAUUAACAUCUUGAUUAAGAUGGAGCCUUCAGAGACAGAGACUGAGCCGGACAUCGUCCUUUCCAUCUCUGGGAACAUUGCUAAGGCCCAUCAAAGCCUCAUUCAAUCGUUGGAAAAAGGCGAUGAGAUCAACUUUCAGGCUAAAUUUAUGGCUCUAGGGGACGAGAUAAGGGUCAACCAUCUCCACGCGAUUACUCUGACUAAGACAGGUCUAAAUAAGCAGUUGCCGGAUAUAAUAAUCAAUGAGAGUGGGCUUCCUAGCCCUGUACCAGAGAAUUCAAGUUCCUCAUCAAGCGAUAAUAAUUAG